CCCAAUACUCCUGCUCCUAUGGAACUGACAUAUGCCUUCCUUUCUCACGCCUCCUGACUUCUUUCUAGUAUCAAAACCUCUCUCUCUUUCUUUGUUUCCUUCUUUUUCUCUCUAUAAAAUUGAACAUAUAACUUUGUUGCACCCCAAAAGUGUGGCUGCAAAAGAACCUCACAGAGAGUCACAGAAUUCUCUCUCUCUCUCUCUCACUACGUACUCAGCUCAGUCCUCACUCUCUUUUUGGCACCCUAAAAGAGGAAGAAUAGAAACUUACAACACUCGUGUCACGCCUCUCGAACUCAAUUUCAUCCUCGACUUAUCUUUCUCUUUGUGGUCCAACACUCCAACACACUCAACCCCAUCUCCAUAUCACAUUGGAUCAAGUUCUUGUUGAUUUUGAUUUUUGAAGGAAGAGACAGAGAAAGUGGAGGCCAAUAUGGACUGGACUGGGAGCUUAAGACGCUUUGUUCCUCGACCAGAACCUUCUUUAAACUUCCUCUACAACUAUAACUACGACCCAUAUCAAGGAAUGGAGGUGAAGCAUCCGGGAAUGGUGGACUCGGGGCACGGGAUGUUGUCAGCAAUGGAGAAGAACAACUUUGGCAGUUGCCAGGAGAAGAAGAAGCGAUUGACGAGUGAUCAGCUAGAUUCACUUGAGAGAAGCUUCCAGGAGGAGAUAAAGCUAGACCCUGAUAGAAAGAUCAAGCUGUCCAAGGAGCUCGGGCUGCAGCCUCGCCAAAUUGCAGUUUGGUUCCAAAACAGGCGGGCUAGGUGGAAGAAUAAGCAGCUCGAGCACCUAUAUGAUGCGCUUAAGCAAGAGUAUGAUGCCAUCUCUAGGGAGAAGCUGAAACUUCAAGAAGAGGUUAUGAAAUUGAAAGCAAUGCUACAGAGAGAGCAAGCUACGAGGAAACAAGUGUCGACAACAGGCUACACAGAAAUCUCUGGGGAAGACACAGUUGAGAGCACCUCUGUGGCCAUUAAUGGCUGUAAUAACAGACCAAGAGGAACCGGCCAUCAUCAAAUUGCAGACUGCAACUUUCUCUUCAGUGUCGAAGAGUAUAACCCAGUAGCAUCAUCACCAGCUUACUGGGCUGGUCUGCCUUCUUAUCCCUCGUAACGAGGCUCUCUUAUUUGGGGCGGUGUUUAUUACGCAUAGUGUGUAGAUCCACACAUUGGCCAAAAUGAACUGAGCUCGUCAAUCGUCAUGAUGAGUUCAAUUCAUUUUAACAGUAUGUGCAUCCACACACACGUGUAACAGGUUUUUCUUAGUUGUCCAUAUUGUCUGUGUUAGUGUGAGUUUAGCUUAGUAGAGAAUCAGAGUGAUGAGUACUUAAGUUUCCCUACUGAGAGCACUGCAGAGUUGAAGAAACUAAAGAGACACUAUGUCGUCUCCAGAACAAUCAUGAACUUAUUUACUUUUAUGAUAUGCUCUAAUUGUUAUGGUUA